AUGCUCGGAAGGCAGCUCGUCUGUUGGCACCUGCUGGCUUUGCUUUUCCUCCCUUUUUGCCUGUGUCAAGAUGAAUACAUGGAGGUGAGCGGAAGAGCUAAUAAAGUGGUGGCGAGAAUAGUGCAAAGCCAUCAGCAGACUGGCCGUAGCGGCUCCAAGAGGGAGAAAGUGAGAGAGCGGAGCCAUCCUAAAACUGGGACUGUGGAUAAUAACACUUCUACAGACCUAAAACCCCUGAGACCAGAUGAGCUACCGCACCCCGAGGUAGAUGACCUAGCCCAGAUCACCCCAUUCUGGGGCCAGUCUCCACAAACUGGAGGACUGCCCCCAGACUGCAGCAAGUGUUGUCAUGGAGACUACAGCUUUCGAGGCUACCAAGGCCCCCCUGGACCUCCUGGCCUCCCCGGCAUUCCAGGAAACCAUGGAAACAAUGGCAAUAAUGGAGCCACUGGCCACGAAGGGGCCAAAGGAGAGAAAGGAGACAAAGGUGAUCUGGGGCCACGAGGGGAGCGUGGGCAGCAUGGCCCCAAAGGAGAGAAGGGCUACCCGGGGAUCCCACCAGAACUGCAGAUUGCGUUUAUGGCUUCUCUGGCAACUCACUUCAGCAAUCAGAACAGUGGGAUUAUCUUCAGCAGUGUCGAAACCAACAUCGGAAAUUUCUUCGAUGUCAUGACCGGCAGAUUUGGGGCCCCAGUAUCAGGUGUGUAUUUCUUCACCUUCAGCAUGAUGAAGCAUGAGGACGUUGAGGAAGUGUAUGUGUACCUCAUGCACAAUGGCAACACGGUCUUCAGCAUGUACAGUUAUGAAACAAAGGGGAAAUCAGAUACAUCCAGCAACCAUGCAGUGCUGAAACUGGCCAAAGGGGAUGAGGUUUGGCUGAGAAUGGGCAAUGGCGCUCUUCACGGGGACCACCAGCGCUUCUCCACUUUUGCAGGCUUCCUGCUCUUUGAAACUAAGUAAAAGUAUGACUAGACCAGCUCCACUUUUGGGAAGACUUAUAGCUGAGCUGGUAUUGUCAUGAUGAGGGACUUUAGAUUUGAUGGUUCUACAUGUUGUAUUAAAAAAAUUUUUUUAUUGGUUACAUUGCUAAUCCUACUACAGGUACAUCAGUAAUGUGGGAUGACUCAGGAGCUCAGAAGAAGAAACCACAAAACAGUCUUCCCAAGUGACCUUGACUAAUAUACCCAGCAACCUUUAUCACUCUUUCCUAGGCACCUAAAUGAGAGUUCCCUUCUUGAUACAGGUUGGAAAUAAUUGUUCCCAUCAGAGAAGUCAUUUGCAAAGAGUAUUGGCGGCUCUAAUAGCAACAUUCAGGAACCCCUGAGGGUCUGGGUUCCUCAUUCUUCUAUUUAUUAUUAU